UUUGUCUGGCAAUUCGGACACGCACUCUCGCUGGAUUACGCAAGCCAUCAACGUAUUGUGAUUUAUAAUAGUGUUACAGUGAAAACAAUUCGUAAAGGAUUCCCGUAAAGGACAAUCGAAAUAAAUUGAACAUUCUAUCCCUUUUGCUCAAAUCAAGUGCUUAAAAACUCAGUGCAAUGGCGUCCGAAAUGUCGUUGAAAAAGAACAAAAAGUUCUCUCGGGCUUAUCCUGAAACGGAUGGCGAUGAUAUUGUUAUUUCUGGCAUGGCCGGCAAAUUUCCCAACUCGAAAAAUAUAUCGGAAUACGAAUACAAUCUUUAUAAYAAGAUUGAUAUGGUCGAUGAUGAUGAGCGGCGUUGGCGUCACUUUAAUCCAGAGAUUCCGAAGCGUUCUGGUAAAAUUAGUGAACUCGAAAAAUUCGAUGCGACGUUCUUUGGAGUGCACUUUAAGCAGGCGCAUACCAUGGAUCCGCAAACUCGCAUCUUGAUUGAGACGGCCUACGAGGCUGUGAUUGAUGCGGGUAUCAAUCCAAAAACUCUACGUGGCACUAAGACUGGCGUCUAUGUAGGCUCCUGUAUAUCCGAGUCGGAGAAAACUUGGUUCUAUGAGAAGGUUUCAUCGGGUGGUUUCGGUAUCACCGGCUGCAGUCGCGCCAUGAUGGCGAACCGUAUUUCGUACUGCUUGGGAUUGGAGGGUCCAUCCUUUUUGCUCGACACGGCGUGCUCCAGUUCAAUGUACGCUUUGGAUAAUGCGUUCAGUGCCCUUCGUAAUGGUGAAAUUGAUGCCGCAAUUAUUGGUGGCUCGAAUUUGUUGUUGCAUCCCUUUGUAACUAUUCAGUUUGCUCGACUUGGUGUUUUGUCUCCUGACGGUUUCUGUCGCCCUUUCGACAAAGACGCAAGUGGAUAUACCCGUUCAGAGACAAUUAACUGCAUGUUUCUUCAACGGAAGCGAGAUGCGAAGCGCGUCUACGCAAGUGUCAUUUACUCAAAGACCAACUGUGAUGGAUAUAAGCCAGAGGGCAUUACCUAUCCGUCGGGCAAAGUUCAACAGAAGUUGUUGGAAGAGUUCUACAAGGAAAUCGACCUCACACCAAAUGACUUGGGCUACUUGGAAGCGCACAGUACUGGAACUGUGGUGGGUGAUCCAGAGGAGUGCAAGGCAAUCGAUAGUGUGCUCUGUAGCCAACGGAGCGAGCCACUUCUAGUUGGUUCCGUUAAAUCUAAUGUUGGACACUCGGAACCUGCCUCUGGCAUCUGCUCCCUCGUUAAGGCCUGUUUCGCUUUCGAGACCGGUUUGAUUGCACCCAAUAUCAACUUUACCGAAGUGAAGCCCUCAAUUACGGCACUUGCGGAAGGACGUUUAAUCGUGGUCAAGGACCCUACUCCGCUGCCCAAGCCAUACAUCGGAAUCAAUUCAUUCGGCUUUGGUGGUGCUAACGCCCAUGCCAUCUUGAAAGCCUAUCCAAAGCCAAAGGUUAACUUCGGCAUACCGAACGAUGAUCUGCCACGACUUUUGACAUGGGCCGGCCGAACGGAAGAGGCUGUAAAUGUGAUUUUCAAUGCCAUCGAAAAGAAACCGUUAGAUGCCGAGUUUAUUGCACUUUUGCAAAACAUACAGGAGGAAGAUGUGUCCGGCAUGGUGUUCCGAGGCUACGGCGUAUUUGCGAAUAACGGCUUGGAACCCAGCAAGGCUCUGGUCAAGGAUGUGCAGCAUUACACUGGCCUUAAGCGACCCAUUGUCUGGGUUUUUAGCGGCAUGGGCUCUCAGUGGAACGAGAUGGGCUCGUCGCUGAUGAUAAUUCCACGCUUCCGACAGUCCAUUGAGAUCUGCCAUAAGACUUUAUUGUCCAAAGGACUUGAUCUCAUUGAUAUACUCACAUCGAAUGAUCCAGCUGUUUAUAAAAAUAUCCUGAACUCCUUUGUCGGCAUCGCUGCCGUGCAAAUUGGCCUUACUGAUGUUUUACGUUCCCUGAACUUGGAGCCGGACUACAUCAUUGGUCAUUCCGUUGGAGAACUGGGCUGUGCCUAUGCAGAUGGAGGUUUGACAGCGGAGCAAAUGAUUCUCGCUGCCUAUUACCGUGGACGAGUCAGCGUGGACACUGACAAAAUCAGAGGUGCCAUGGCCGCUGUGGGCAUCGGCUACAAGACGAUCAAGAAUAUGUUGCCCGAAGCCAUUGAAGUGGCAUGCCACAAUAGCUCCGACUCCUGCACAAUCUCUGGGCCAAUCGAUGAUGUUACUCGAUUCGUGAGCGAACUGAAAUCGAAAGACAUCUUUGCCAAGGAAGUGCCCUGCUCAAACAUAGCAUACCACUCAAGGUAUAUUGCGGCCAUGGGUCCGUCAUUGCUCAAAUACAUGAAGGAAACAAUUCCACAUCCGAAGGCCAGAACCGAAAAGUGGCUGAGCACCAGUGUGCCGAAGAGUGACUGGGAGCAGCCCCAAAAUCAGCAAUGCUCAGCCGAAUACCACACCAACAAUCUGUUGAACAGUGUGCUCUUCGAAGAGACUUUCUCGCAGUUGCCCAAUAAUGCCUUGACCAUUGAAAUAGCUCCUCACGGCUUGCUAGGCGCCAUUCUCAAGCGAUCUAUGCCGAACGGUGUUCACAUUGCGCUGACAAAUCGAGGAAACAAGAACAAUGCGCUCUUCUUCAUGACGGCGCUUGGCAAACUGUAUCAGAACGGACUUAUGGUACCAGUUGCCAAUUUGUAUCCCAAAAUCGAGUUCCCCGUGUCACGGGGCACACCGUGCAUCAGCUCCCUGAUCCGCUGGGAUCACAGUGAAGAUUGGUUUGUGACCAAAUAUGAAAACAUGAAGACCAAAUCAAGUGGCGAACGCAUGUUCGCCAUCAACCUGGCCAGCGACAACGAGGAAUUCAUGAGCGGACAUGUCAUAGACGGCAAAAUUCUUGUACCAGCGACCUGCUAUUUGCAAUACGUUUGGGAGACGUUCUCGCUUAUGUACCAUGGCCCCAGCUAUAUGGAUGUGCCAGUCGAAUUCGAGGAAGUUCAGUUCCUCAGGGCCACGAAUAUGUCACUCAAUGGAGAGGUAGAGCUAAAUGUUAUGAUUCACUAUGGCACAGGUCACUUUGAGAUUACUGAAGGUGGCGCUUUAGUGGUUACCGGUAAAAUCAGAGAGAUUGAAAAUCCCCCCAUACCAGAUAUCUAUCACUUCGAAAAAGAGUCCAAGUUCCCGAUGGUAUCCAAAAAAGACUUUUACAAGGAACUUAAGCUGCGUGGAUACCAUUACAAUGGAGCGUUCCGAGCUGUAAGAAGCGCUCGUUCUGAUGGACAGUAUGGCCAAGUGGAAUGGAACUACAACUGGGUGACUUUCAUGGAUGCAAUGUUGCAAAUCCAUAUAUUGGGCACUGACUCACGCUCCCUUCUGUUGCCAACGAAAAUACGUAAGCUGCGUAUCAAUGGCGUCCAUCAUUUCGAUUUGAUGACCAAAAUGGAUCCCGAGAAUCGUGUAUUUGAUGUGUAUGUGGAUCAUAAAUAUGAUCGCGUUGUAGCGGGAGGUAUCGAGUUGAUUGGACUUCAUGCCAGUCCAGUGCAGAGGCGCAGACCACCAGGCAUUCCCGUAUUGGAGAAAUACGAAUUCGUGUCCUACUUGCCAGCUCCCCAAAUGAGUCUGUCGAAUGCAGCCCGCAUUUGCGUGCAACUUGCCCUGGAGAACGUGCCCACGCUUAAGAUGAAGCUCGUCGAAGUCGACACUGAUGGUAGGGAUACCGUGCUGGAUAAGUUCACCGAUGCUAUCGAGGAUCUGCCCGUCGUCACUGGAGAGUAUAUGUACUUGACAAAUCGAAAGGUUGAGGAAAUGCCCGGCGUACAUGUAGAAAAUGGAAAGUUGGCUAGCCUAACCAAUUAUCACUUCGUGGUGGGCGGUGGCAUUUGCGGAGCACUCAACGAAGAUGUGAAUACGAAUGCACAGAAGGUGCUCGUGGACAACGGUUACCUUUUGAUCCGAGAGCGACCCACAACGAACAUCAGCAGCUUAAAACUCCCUGAACAAUUUCAUUUGGUUACGGUGAUUCCCAUUGACGGCAACGAGGAAGUUCUCCUGCUGCUACAGAAGGUCUCUAAGAAGUUGCAUAUGGAACCCACUGUCGUUAAGGUUUCGGAUAAAGACUCGAGCUUCGAUUGGAUAGGUCAGGUGCAGUCCGCUAUAAGCAUGAAGACGCCUGUCGUUAUGUAUGCAUUCAAAGAGGAGCUGAAUGGUCUGAUCGGCUUGGUCAACUGUUUGCGAAAGGAGCCCGAUGGCAAUUUGGUCACCUGUUUCUUCAUUGAUGAUCCUAGUGCACCAGAAUUCGACCUAAAAGAUCCAUUUUAUGCGAGUCAGUUUGCACUGGGCCUUGCAUUCAACAUCUAUCGUCAAGGUGCUUGGGGCAGUCUGCGACAUCUGCAUCUGCCUGUGAAUGAUGAGGUCAAACCUCGAGUGGAUCACAUUUAUGGCAAUGUGAUGCAGCGCGGCGAUUUGUCUUCAUUGCGCUGGUUCGAAGGUCCCCUCGAUCCCCAGGACUGCAGAAUUAAAAUAGCGUACUCAUCGCUCAACUUCAGAGACGUAAUGCUGGCCACGGGCCGCCUGGCCAUUGAACUAUACGGCACGAGUCGCAUCGAUCAAAGUUGUGUGCUCGGCUUCGAGUACUCCGGCAUCGAUAAGAAAACCGGUCGUCGGAUUAUGAGCAUGGUAGUAAAGGGCGGUGUUGCGUCGUAUGUGGAGAAACCCUCCAAGCUGAUCUGGGACAUUCCCGAUCACUGGAGUCUGGAGGACGCCGCUACGGUUCCCGUUGUCUACAUUACAGUCUACUACGCCUUCUUCAUGGCCACCGAUAUUCGCAAGGGCAAGAGCAUACUCAUUCACGCUGGCACUGGCGGCAUUGGCUUGGCGGCCAUUCGAGUGGCUUUGGCCUACAACUUGAAUGUGUUCACCACUUGCAGCACACCCCAAAAGAAAAAGUUCCUGUUGGAUACGUUCCCACAACUGAAAGAAUCCCAAAUUGGAAACUCGCGUGAUACGUCUUUCGAGCUGAUGGUGCAGCGAGAAACCGAUGGCAAGGGUGUUGAUUUUGUGCUGAACUCCUUGUCGGAGGAUAAGCUGCUGGCAUCUGUGCGCUGUCUUGGUAUGUCCGGACACUUCUUGGAGAUUGGAAAGUUCGAUAUGGCCAAUGACACAAAGUUGGGCAUGAGCUGCUUCCUGAAGGAGCUCACAUUCCACGCUGUGUUGGCUGACAACCUGUUGGUGGCCCCCGAUGAGGAUAUUUGGCACUUGAAGAAACUAAUUGAUAUGGAUAUUGCCGCCGGCAUUGUGCAGCCCUUGCCGGUGACCGUCUUUCCGGCGCACGAACUCGAGCAGGCCUUCAGGCAUCUGAUUGGCGGCAAGCAUAUUGGCAAAGUCAUAAUUAAAGUACGUGACAACCCAGAAGCAGCCGAAACGCUGCCGGUGCGUGUCCUCAGCCAAGUGUACUUUAAGCCGCACAUGAGCUAUGUUAUACCCGGAGGUUUGGGCGGAUUCGGCAUGGAACUGGCCGAUUGGAUGGCCCUCCGUGGCGCCCGCAAGCUGGUGCUUAGCUCCAGCCGUGGCAUCAGCAAAGACUAUCAAUCCUAUCGCAUUGCACUUUGGAAGACUUACGGCUGCGAAACUGUAGUUAACAUGGCGGACAUAUCCACAAUUGAGGGCUGUCGCAAUCUGCUGCUGGAGGCUGCCAAACUGGGACCAGUUGGAGGCAUUUUCAAUCUGGCUGUGGCGUUGCGAGACGGCAUCUUUGCCAAUCAGACCGUGGAGCAAUUCAUGCAGAGCUUCGCGCCCAAGGCGAUUGCCACCAAGCACUUGGAUCUGCUGUCCCGCAUUCUGUGUCCGGACCUGGAGCAUUUCGUGGUAUUCUCGAGCGUGUCGUGUGGUCGAGGCAAUGCUGGGCAAACGAACUAUGGUAUGGCCAAUUCAAUCAUGGAGCGUAUCAUCGAGUGCCGUCACAGAGAUGGACUGCCGGCGAAGGCCAUUCAAUGGGGUGCUGUGGGCGAGGUUGGUCUGGUCGCCGACAUGGCUGAGGAUAAAAUUGACAUGGAAAUUGGCGGAACGCUGCAGCAGAGAAUCUCGUCGUGCCUGCAGGAGUUGGACACAUUGUUCAGUGCAAAGUCACCGAUUGUCGCCAGCAUGGUGGUUGCCGAGAAACGUUCGGGUCGUUCCGGAAACGAAAGUAUUAUCGAUACGGUAAUGAACAUUAUGGGCAUACGUGACCUGAAGUCCGUCUCCCUUGGCACAACCCUCUCGGAGAUGGGCAUGGACUCGCUGAUGGCUGUUGAAAUCAAGCAAACACUUGAGCGUGACUUCGAGCUCAUAUUAACGCCACAGGAUCUCCGUUCGCUCACCUUCCAAAAACUGCAGGAGUUCAUGGAGGCGAGGGAGAAGGAUAACACGGAUGCUGUGAAAAUGAUUUUCGCCUCUGACGGCCAGCCCAUUGGCAUGGACCUGAUGCUGCGCAAUCUGGGCGAUGAAGCCCACUGUGACCAAGUCAUGUAUGCUCUGAAGACCCGUGCUCCGCCUUCGAAGCAAAGUGUGCCACCCAAUAUCAUAAUUCCCGGCCUGGAGGGCACAGCGGGCCAGGCCUGGUAUAACAUUGGCGCCGGCCUGAACAGCAGGGCCAAUGUGCUGCAGCUCCAUCAAUUUGCUCAAGCGGAGACUGUCAGUGAGAUAGCUAACCUGGCACUGGAGCACGUGAAAACGCUUCUGAAGCCGACUGAUCCAUUCUACCUCAUUGGCUACUCCUAUGGCUCCUUUGUGGCACUACAGCUGGCCGCUUUGCUUGAGAAUUCGGGCUUCCGUGGACACAUCCUGCUCAUUGAUGGAGCCCCACACUUCCUGACCAGACUAACGAAUCUCCACUUGGGUGCAGACUACACCGAUAACGAUCUAUACGACUUGCUCUUCUCAAAGAUCGUCAGUCAAAUAUUCCCUGACGAGACUAAUGAGUCCGCAGCCAUUAUGUUCCAUAAGCUCGAUACUCUCAAGGAGAAAAUGGACUUGCUAAUGGAGUUUGCGGAGAAACAGAAGAUUUACAGCAAAGAAUACUGCCGAGUUAUAGUCGAGGCCAUGUUCCACAGGGUUAAAAUGGCCGCUCGAUUCGACGUGGACAGCAUAAAGGACUUGAAAUCACCCAUCACACUAGUUCGGCCCGCAGAGGUCUCUCUGCAGGAUAUCGAGGAGGACUAUUGUGUGUCGAAGCUGACAUCGGGCAAGGUCACGCUCAAGGUGAUCGAGGGCAAUCACACGACCAUGUUGGACAAUCCAGUGCUGCCACAGAUUAUCAAUGGAUUCGAUCCCGGACUAUUGGACGACAAGAACUUCGAGGAGUAUAUCCGAGAUGUUAAGCCAGUGACCGUGGUCUAAGCAUUCCAUAUUAUCUUUUAUUAUCUUCUAGUUAUUUUCACUUAAACGUUGUCAAGCUUGCACAUCACAUCUUAUUACUGUAAUACUAAUAAAACAUGUUUUCUUCACAAAUU